UGCGUCAGUGACCUUAUCAGUCUUAAAACACACUACGCUGGUUUUGCUUUCUCACAGUGACGUGUUUGAAAUGCUUCUCCAAACCACGCUCAGUGGGAUGUUGUACAGGCGGUUGGGUUCUGCUUGGUCUGCCGUGUCACGACAUGCCCACUGUCUGUCAGUCAGUCAGGCAGGCCUUCUAACUAACUUUCGGGUGAGAGACCUGUGUAGGAGGAUCGCUCGGGCAGGUGAGUCAUGUCGUUCUGCAGGUGACAGGGGGGUAGGUGCCUGCAGGUAUCUACACGCAUAUGAAUGUGUCGCGGGAAGUGACGGGCCGGAGGUGAGACAGAGGUGCGGUGGAGAGACACAGCAACAGUCUUUGUUGCUUCACGCUUUUCCUCCUUACUCCACGGUGUCGCCACAACAACCGGGUGUACCUUGUUUUAGUUGUCUUUUGUUAUGUUUCUUUGCUAGGUUUCAGUUGGACUUUGAAGAUGAAUCUGUACCGCAGCUUUGGGAACCUUAUGGAGUCCUAUGUGAGCGAUGGGAUGCCCUUCUCCUCUUCGGACGGGCAGAUGCCAUCGUGGACCGUUUCCUCGGACACUACAACACCUGCGUCCACGCCGGCGUCCACCCCGGACAUGGGGGUCAACCUGAGGUCCACAUCGGAGGACUCUGGAUUUGAAAUAACGCCAACUUCCUUAGACUCUUCUAUGUCGUCGGCUGGCCACCCAGAACUCGUCCCUGUGUCCGUGGCGAUGGACGGAGGGGAGCGAGGCCUGACCCCGGGCUCCGCUCUGACCCCGGGCUCCGCUCUGACCCCUGCCCUGCGCUCCUCCGCACGCUCCUUGUUCUCCGCCUCCUCGCUCUACCUCCCGGGGUCGGAUGCUGAUCUUGCCCCCGUGACCCGGGACAGAUCCAAGAGCCUGCAGCACAAGGUGGAGCAGGCCCUUCUGAAGCUCAACCCGGGCCGGCGCAAAACCAGGGACGGCUCCAGUCCGGAUCCAAACGCAGCGGUGGCACAGCGACGCGUGCCCAGGAAAGCCAUGUCUCUGCCGAGACGCUCCAGCGCCCUGCACAUCGUGCGGUCGGAGAGCGUCAGCGAGGUGGGCAGACCCGUCCACCUGUCGCUGCGUCAGGCCGGGCGUCAGAGACAGAGACGACCCGCGUCGGUCUACCAUGACAUGAGGCUGGCAGAGACCCCCAUAGAGGAGGUGAACGAGGAGGCCCGGGACGCCCUGGGUCCUGGGCUGAGCUACCUGGAGCAGGUAUGCCAGAGGUGGGAGCAGAUCGCUUGGCUACAGAUCAACAACCGCAAGUUAAACUUGGAAAUGGACGUGCUGAAGGACCACCGGGACACACAGCCGGAGUCUCGCCUGUGCAGCUGUGAAACUGUUCUGGAGAACCAACACAACAUUCACCGCUCACAUCUGGCUGAGUUUGAGCGUGUGUCUGAUGAGUUACGGUGGCAGCGGUCCAACACUGACGAUGAAUCCAGCAGCACGUCGCCAUCGGAGACAGAAAGGCUCACGAGAAAUUUAGGUAGUUUGAAAACACACACUAGAGGGCAGCCUGAGAGUGAAACACAGCCGGCGGGACCAGCAGACGGGGGUCAGAACCACCAGGCAAAGCAGAGAGGAAGGGCGUGGCUGUUCAGAACGGCUCCUUCCAGAAAAGCAGCGAGCGUCGACUCGGACGGCAGUCUUCAAGGCCGUCCGUCCGAGGGCAGGAAGAAGCCGAGCCAUCGCCUCAGCCUGCUUCUCCGUGGCAACAAGAAGACCCUGUGAUCUGAAUGAUUCAUGAUGUUCUCUCCUCUUCCUCCUCCUCCUCCUCCUCUUCCAUCGCCUCCCUCUGCCCCUCCUCCUCCUGCUCCUCUUCCAUUUCUUCCAUUUCC